CAACUUGUCGAAGCUUCAAAUCUGAAGCUCUAAAUCCUUAUCAAAACACCAAUCACGACCUCAUCUUUAGGAAAAUGGGUAUCAAAAUAGGAUAUGUUCCCGAGCACUUCUCUACCCCCCUCCACUUCGCCGAGGCCCAUGGCUUCUUCGCCUCUCGCUCCCUCUCGGUCACCUUGAUACCCUUUCCGUCGGGCACAGGGCACAUGGUCAAGUCCCUCUCCUCGGGCGAAAUCUCCAUCGCAAUUGGCCUAACCGAAGGCUGGAUCUCGGCGAUCGCGAAUGGCAACAGCGACUUCAAGAUAGCAGGCAAGUACGUUGCCACGCCGCUGUGCUGGGCGAUUUCCACGGGGACGCAGCAAGGGAUUGACGACGUGGAGAAACUAGCCGGUGGGAAGUUGGGAGUUUCAAGGAUUGGGAGCGGAAGCUAUGUUAUGGGGUUUGUGCUAGCCCAGGCUCAUGGGUGGUUGAGAGAGGGGAAGGAGCCGUUUGAAUUUGUGAUCUUGGACGAUUUCAAGGGGUUGAGGGAUGGAGUUAAUUCUGGGAAGGCGGAUGCUUUUAUGUGGGAACACUACACUUCUAAAAAAUACUACGACUCUAACGAGGUUAAAAAACUCGGCGAAAUAUACACACCCUGGCCAUCCUGGCACAUCGUCGCCUCGAAUAGCCUACCAACUGCUACCGUUAGUCUGUUCCUAGAAGCGGUGAACGAAGGAAUCGCCUACUUUAGCGACCACGAAGAUGAGGCGGUGGAGUACAUAUCAGCACACCUGGAUUAUUCUAAAGAAGAUGCCCGGGAAUGGCUAGGCACCGUAAAGUUUGCAAGUGACGUGCGAGAGGUUGACGAGAACGACCUCAAUAAGACCCUCGACGUGCUCAGAGAGGCGGGAGUGGUGAAGGAUAGCAAAGUCAGUUGCCAGGAUGUGGUUCUAAACCUUUGACAGCCUGCUCGCCGGGGGGGGGUGAAUUGAGAGUGUAGAAUAUCAUUCGUGGCAAACACCCCGUAUCUUUUCAAA